AUGGUGAAGGCGUACCUAAGAUACGAGCAGGCUUCUUCGUUUGGUGUAGUAACGUCUUUGGAUUCGAAUAUUGCAUACGAUUCGACGGGGAAGCAUGUGUUUGCUCCGGCGCUUGAGAAGGUCGGAAUCUGGCACGUCCGUCAAGGAAUCUGCAACAAAACCCUAAUUCCCACUUCCACUCGCACCGGACCGUCUCUUGCCGUCACCUCUAUCGCCUCCUCUGCUUCUUCUACUUUGGUAGCAGUUGGGUACGCAGACGGUUGUAUAAGGAUAUGGGAUAGUGAGAAAGGAACCUGUGAGGCUACUCUAGAUAGCCACAAGGGUGCUGUGACUGUACUGAGGUUCAACAAGCUUGGAUCUUUGUUAGCGUCUGGGAGUAAAGACAACACUGUUAUCUUGUGGGAUGUGGUUGGUGAAUCAUCGCGUUAUGCUCUCCGUGGUCACCGUGAUCAGGUCACAGAUCUUGUUUUCUUGGAUUCUGAUAAGAAGCUUGUUACUUCAUCUAAAGACAAGUUCUUGAGAGUCUGGGAUCUUGAGACUCAACACUGUAUGCAAAUAAUUAGUGGCCAUCAUAGUGAAGUCUGGUCUGUGGAUGCUGAUCCGGAAGGAAGAUAUGUAGUUACUGGCUCUGCUGAUCCAGAACUUAGAUUCUAUGCUGUAAAUCAGAACUUAGAUUCAAAAGGAGCUGAUGCUAGCGGAGAUCACUCAACCGAGAAUAAGUGGGAAGUUUUGAAGCCGUUUGGGGAAAUCCAGAGACAAGUCAAAGAUAGAGUUUCGAGUGUGAGAUACAGUCAUUCAGGAAGUCUGCUUGCUUGUCAAGUGGCAGGUAAAACCAUUGAAAUAUACCGGGUAUUGGAUGAAACGGAGGCAAAGCGGAAAGCAAAGCGUAGGCUUCGCAGGAUAGAGAAGAAGUCUUCCAAAAGCGAGGUUGAAAAUGUAACCAGUAACGAAGAUGAAAGUAACAAAGUCGAAGAAGCUUAUGGUGUUCUUGUUCCUACUGUCCCUGACGUUUUUAAGCUCUUACAAGUCAUUAGAGUUGGUAGAAAAAUAUGCUCUUUCUCUUUCUGUCCGAUCACUCCAAGAGAUACCUUGGCGACAUUGGCUUUAUCUUUGAACAAUAACACAAUGGAGUUCUAUACCCUGAAGAGCACGGAAUACGAGAAAGCUGCUAUCAUUGAACAGCAAGGACAUCGAUCUGACGUGAGGAGUGUAGCACUCAGUGACGACAACAACCUUUUGAUGUCAACCAGUCACAGUGAAGUGAAAAUUUGGAAUCCUAGUACAGGUUCCUGUCUCCGGACCAUUGAUUCAGGAUAUGGACUCUGCAGUUUGAUAGUCCCUAAAAGUAAGUAUGGUAUUGUUGGAACUAAGAGUGGGAUACUCGAGAUCAUUGAUAUAGGGAGUGCUACCAAAGUGGAAGAUGUUGAAGCACAUGGUGGAACUAUUUGGUCAAUUGCACCCAUUCCAGAUGACUCUGGGUUCGUCACUGUGAGUGCAGAUCAUGAAGUUAAAUUCUGGGAAUACCAAGUCAAAAAGAAAGCUGGCCAAGAGACCAAGCAACUCUCUGUUUCAAAUGUGAGGUCAAUGAAGAUGAAUGAUGACGUACUUGCUGUUGCCAUCAGUCCUGAUGCUAAACAUAUCGCAGUUGCACUGCUAGAUUCCACGGUGAAGGUUUUCUAUGUGGAUUCCCUAAAAUUUUACCUCUCCUUAUACGGCCACAAGUUGCCUGUCAUGUGCAUUGACAUUUCAUCGGAUGGAGCGUUGAUUGUAACUGGUUCUCAGGACAAAAAUAUAAAAAUUUGGGGUUUGGAUUUCGGUGAUUGUCACAAGUCCAUCUUUGCUCAUGAUGACAGUGUUAUGGGUGUGAAGUUUGUUCGCAAUACGCAUUACCUGUUCAGCAUUGGAAAAGACCGUCUAGUGAAGUAUUGGGAUGCAGACAAGUUUGAGCUGCUAUUAAAGCUUGGUGGACAUCACGCAGAGAUUUGGUGCUUUGCUAUCAGCAAUCGUGGUGAUUUUCUCGUCACAGGAUCUCAUGACCGCUCCAUUCGACGCUGGGACCGUACCGAAGAACCUCUCUUCCUCGAGGAGGAAAAAGAAAAGAGGUUAGAAGAGCUAUUCGAGUCUGAGAUUGAAAUGGAGAACAGGCAUGGACCUCAGGAGGAAAUCCCAGAGGAAGGUGUUACAGCUGUACCUGGGAAGAAGACAGUAGCUGCUCUAUCAGAUGCUGAUUCAAUCAUAGAUGCUCUAGAGAUAGCAGAAAAUGAAACGAGCCGUAUCGCUGAUCAUGAGGAAGAGAAAACAAAAGGAAAGGUUCCUGAUCUCCUUCCAAAUGCUCUGAUGUUCGGGUUAUCUCCGUCUGAUUUUGUUCUCCGAGCCAUCUCCAAAGUGAGAACGAAUGAUCUUGAACAGGCCUUGCUGCCUUUACCAUUCUCAGAUUCUUUAAAGCUUCUUUCCUACUUGAAAAUCUGGAGUUUGAUUCCCGAAAAGGUAGAAUUGGUUUGCAGACUUGCAACGAUUCUAAUACAGACGCAGCACAAUCAAUUGGUAACAACGCCUGCUGCACGACCACUAUUAAGUGUUCUUAGGGAUAUUCUUCACGAAAAAGUCAAGGAAUGCAAAGAUACAAUCGGUUUCAAUUUGGCCGCCAUGGAUCAUGUCAAGCAAUUGAUGGCAUCAAGAUCUGAUGCUCCUUUCAAAGAUGCUAAGGCGAAGCUAAUGGAGAUAAGAUCACAGCAAGCGAAACGAAUGGCGGAACGUUUGGAUACUAAACAAGAGAGAAAAAGAAAGAAGAAACAAAAGAGAGUAGAGGACGGUGCUCAUGGUCAUGCUUGGGUCUGA